CGAGUGCAACAACUUUAUGCAGGAAGCUCCAGCUUCUAUCAAGCUCUGAUCUACUGUUUUGUUUUCUGUCACUGCGAGGUGCUCAAUCUCUCUCUCUGUAAGUCGAAAGCCACCGGUGUUUUCCACAGUGUUGUUCGUAGCUGUUACCAUGUUCCCCCGGGUGAUUCUGAAGGGAACUAUGAUUAAAAAAUCACAACAAAAGAAGAGAACAUCUCCGUGCAACUACAAAGAGAGGUUUUUUGUAUUGGACACCCAAGAACUGAAGUAUUCUGAACGCCGCCUGGGUAGGAAGCCCUUGCUGAAAGGUUGCAUCGAGCUGUUAAGGAUCAAGUGUGUGGAGAUUGUGUGUACUGAUGUCCCCAUACCGUGCAGCUAUAAGUACCCUUUUCAGGUUUUUCACAACAACCACUACCUAUAUAUUUUCGCCCCAGACAACGAUUGCCGUCAGAGAUGGGUCAGAGCUCUUAAAGAGGAGACAAAGAACAACAGUUUGGUGGCAAAAUACCACCCAAACUUCUGGAUGGAUGGAAAAUGGAAAUGUUGCCAACAAACAGAGAAACUAGCGGCCGGUUGUCAUGUUUAUGACCCAGUGGGUUAUGCUUCUAAAAAGCCACUUCCUCAACUCCCGGAUGCAGAGGGGGGAUUUCUUAAGGAGGAGCAGAUAAUGGUCAUUGCUCUGCAGGACUACACACCGCGCAGUCAAGAUGACUUGCCCAUUCAGAAAGACCAGGAGUACACGCUGAUUAACAGCUCCCACUCCGAGUGGUGGGCCGUACAGGAUGACAAGGGGAGCCAAGGCUUUGUACCCAGUACUUACGUAGCUGAGAAAUCUGGCAACAACUUUCAGAGAUUUAAAUGGUACAACAACAACAUAACCAGAGGGGAAGCAGAGGUUUUGUUAAUGAAACAGGGAAAGGAAGGUGCAUUCAUGGUGCGUGACUCGAGUAAGGCAGGAGUCUACACAGUGUCAGUCUUCACCAAAGCACCGGGGUCUAAUGGGGAGAAGAAUCCAAGAGUGAAACAUUACCAAAUUAGACAGACAGAAACAAGAGAGGCCACAUUUUACCUGGCAGAGAAGUACUUGUUCAGCACCAUUCCUGAGCUCAUCCAUUACCACCAACACAACGCUGCCGGCCUGAUAACGCGUUUGAGACACCCCGUAUCUCAAGAUGGAAAAUGCUCUCAGGACGUUGAUGAUCCCUCGAAAGAUCAGUGGGAAAUCGACCCCGUGGAGCUGACCUUGGGUCAGGAGAUAGGCUGUGGCCAGUUUGGACUCGUGCUGGAAGGGAGAUGGAGGGAGAACAAGGUGGCAGUGAAGAUGAUAAAGGAACAGUGCAUGUCAGAUGAGGAUUUCAAAGAAGAGGCCAGGGUCAUGAUGAGAUUGUCCCAUUGUAAGCUGGUGCAGCUCUACGGGGUGCGCACCCAGUGUGCUCCCAUGUGUCUGGUGUUUGAGUUCAUGGAGAACGGCUGUCUGUCAGAGUACCUGCAAGACAGGAAAGGCAAUUUGUCUCAGGACACGAUGUUGGGGAUCUGUCUGGACGUCAGUGAUGGGAUGGCUUACCUGGAGAGCUCCAACUUCAUCCACAGAGAUCUAGCUGCCAGGAACUGUCUCGUUUCAAAGAACAAUGAGGUGAAGGUAUCUGACUUCGGUAUGACCAGGUUUGUGCUUGAUGAUCAGUACACGAGCUCCCGGUGCUCCAAGUUCCCCGUCAAGUGGUCGGCCCCAGAGGUCAUCAAGUACUGCAAGUUCAGCAGCAAGUCUGACGUCUGGUCAUUCGGUGUGCUCAUGUGGGAGGUGUAUAACGAAGGCCGUCUUCCUUAUGAGAACCGCACUAACAGCGAUGUGGUGGACUCCCUGAAUUCAGGCCUGAGGCUCCUGAAGCCCCGCUUGGCCCCAGACGCUGUGCACCUGCUCAUGGAGUGGUGCUGGAAAGAGAAACCAGAAGAUCGUCCGUCCUUUGCUCUCCUCUUGCAUGAGCUGGCCUCCCUCUCAGACCUGUGAAGAUAAGAUCAGGGGUUGAAAACUAUGAAAACAGACAUAUUUAUUUUAUUUAUUGAUUUAUUAUGCUUGUCAUUGCUUUGAUUAAGAUGAUGACAUUUUCAAAUUCCUGGAUUUUGCACUUUAUCUGUUCCUAGUCUAUUCCUGAGAAGAGUCACACACUCACACACACACACACACACUCCAUGCAGACAUCUUUUUAUUAAGGUUUCAAAUAUUAUAUAAGGUCUCUGUAUAUUAAGCAGGUGAGAAGGUUAUGUUGUUUAAAACACUGUUAAUUAAAUGGAUUUUUUUUUCUCUUACGUUUUUCAGCAUAUUUUCAGCACUACAAAAAUAAAAACUGUUUAAACAACUUCA